AUGACGCAACUCACCAGCAACUUCAAGCAGUUUUCGAACCAACAAAACUCGAAUUAUCAACAGCAAUUUUAUAAUUUUGACUCCCUCAAUAAUUCGUCACAGCGAAUCGACGAUAUUCAUUAUUAUGUAAGAGAGCCCAACGGAAAACGACCGUUUCCCACCGAAUUCGAAUUGGACAUGGAAUAUGUGCCGAGAACGAAGCGACGAUAUGAUAAAAUAAGUGCGUGUCUGGAGAGCUUCUCGAUCUCCAACGACAAACCGAAUCCUAUAAAUCUUGAGUCCUCAUCUGACGAAGAGAUGGACGAGGUGACGGUUCCAGAAUACGACGAGGAGAUCGAGUCGACGUCUACACCUGUAGUCGUGGAGCCAGAUGACGAGCCAGCUGUUGCCAAGAAGAUUCGGUUGGAUGGAUCGCUUCAAAAGUAUUUGGAGAAGUGCAAGCAAGAUCCGUAUGCCUUUCUGCCAAAAACCGAAACACUGAAAGGCAACGAAGUAGCGAUCUGGCAGCCGACGAUCCUCGUUUCGCCCAAAAAUGACAACAACAUGUUCGGUCGAAUUCAGGAGAUUGACGAUGAGGAGGAAGAACGUUUAAACGAGGAGAUCAAGUCUCGAAUCAUUGAAAACGAGGGGAUGGUCGAUGAGGACACUUCUCGUCAAGAAGAGACCAUUGGCAUCGUAGAGCUGGGCUCCGGCUCCGAUCACAGUGACAUUGGCUCAUCGUGGAGCUCCCCGAUCCCAUCGCCAAUUGGCUCCUCCACUCAUAUCGUUGAACUGGACCCCGGCUCGCCGAACAGUUUGACGAAUGGAAGUGUCAGUGAUGAGGAAAUGAUGGAGUUUGAUUGA